AUGAAGGUAUUAUUCGAUCUCACCUAUUAUCAAAUAAAAUUGCACAAUUCAUCAGGGAUUAAAUUCAUGAAAAUAGGAGUUCCAAAACCAGAUCCUUUUAAAUAAUUAAAUGGCAGUUUUGAUAAAGUCUUUAUUUAUCGUGAAGAAGUGAAUUUCAUUCUUUUCAAUCCAACCAAUCUCGAGCAUUUGAAUUGGGAGAACAGAAAAUCGCCUUAUUCGAGAUAUGCAUAUAGAUAAUCCAUUGUGGGCUCUGAGAAAAUUAUAAGUAUAUCCAAGCUACAAUUCAGGAUGAUUUUACAAUCAGCAUUUUGCUUUGAUCCUUCAGGAAUUUUAGCUAUAGCAGGUGGAUACCAAUUAAAUAAGACAAAGGGAGCUAAGAAAAAUAAAGAUAAAGAUAAAGAUAAAGAUUAAAAUAAAAAUAAAAACAAGAAAAAUUCUUAGAACAAAAAUGGAAAGAAAGAGAUCCAACAAGAAUUCGAGCCUGCAAAAAUAACAAAAGCUUACAACUUUAAGAUUAUUACUUACGAUAUUAAGAUAAGCUAAUGGAAUAUCUUAGAAUAAGAGCUUUAACACCAAAGGCAAAAUGCUAGUGUUUGCCUUUAAGAUGACUCCUUUUAUGUGUUUGGAGGAUGCUAUUAAGAUGAGAUAACUUUAAAGUACGAAAGAUAGACUUACAUAGAGAGAUUUAGUAUUGCUGACUAAUCUAUUAAAUACAAUCCUAUAAAACUGAGAAAAUCUAUUCUUCCACGAAAUACUGCAUUUGCGUAUCAUAUUGAAGAUUAGCAAUUCCUAAUAUUUGGAAAAUAGGAAAUACCUGAUAAGUCCCUUGAAGAUAAAAAAUUGAAACAAAAUAUAUAAAAGAAAUUUUCAACAGAAGACUAAAAAGAAUAGAUAUCAUUAAAAUUAUAAUGUUUCAAACUUGAUUUGAGCUAUGAUAAAAUUUGGAGAUUCAGGGAUAAAACUGAUAUGAAAAUUCCCAAGUCUAUAUAGAAUUAAUACCUUGAAGCCACAAGUACCAUGGAUAUUUAGUAAUCAAUAAGGAUGAGACAUGAUUUGAUAGCCUCUACAGCUUUAGGAUACUAUCAUUUCAAUUUUAGAGAGAGAUAAUUUGAGUUUAAAUUAGGACUUUGA